GCCAAGGGGUGGGCAUGUGGGCCGGUCCUUGGUUCAGUUGUGUUCUCUGCCCGCCCCGUCUGACUCACCCUGACAACUUUCUUCCUGCCCCUGGCCACCUCUCUGGCCACUUGCUUCCUCAGUACAUUGGUCUAGCUCUUCCUGAAACAACCCAGGAGCUCGGAGCUUCGCAUCUGACCUUCCAGUCAUGACCAGGACCAGGACAGCACUCCUCCUGUUCACAGUCUUAGCGACUUCUCUGGGUUUCAACUUGGACACAGAGCGGCUGACAGCCUUCCGUGUGGACAGCGCUGGGUUUGGAGACAGCGUGGUCCAGUACGCCAACUCCUGGGUGGUGGUUGGAGCCCCUCACGAGAUGACGGCUGCCAAUCAAACAGGCGGCCUCUACCAGUGCAGCUACAGCACCGGUGCCUGUCGGCCCAUCAGCCUGCAGGUCCCCUGGGAGGCAGUGAACAUGUCCCUGGGCCUGUCCCUGGCGGCUACCACCAGCCCCUCCCAGCUGCUGGCCUGCGGCCCCACCAUGCACCACGCGUGCGGGAGGAACAUGUACCUGACCGGACUCUGCUUCCUCCUGGCCCCUACCCAGCUCACCCAGAGGCUCCCAGCAUCCAUGCAGGAGUGCCCAAGACAGGAGCAGGACAUUGUGUUCCUGAUCGAUGGCUCGGGCAGCAUCUUAUACAACAACUUUGCCACGAUGAAGAGCUUCGUGAGAGCUGUGAUGAGCCACUUUCAGAGACCCAGCACCCAGUUUUCCCUGAUGCAGUUCUCCAGCAAAUUCCGAACACACUUCACUUUCAAGGAAUUCAGGGACAGCUCAAACCCCCUCAGCCUGUUGGCUUCUGUCUACCAGCUGGGAGGGUACACACACACGGCCACCGCCAUCCAAAAAGUUGUGAGGGAAUUGUUCCUUGCCUCAAACGGGGCCCGCAGGGAUGCCACCAAGAUCCUCAUUGUCAUCACUGAUGGGAAGAAAGAAGGCGACUGGCUGGAUUAUGAUGAUGUCAUCCCCAUGGCAGACAAAGCAGGCAUCAUCCGCUAUGCAAUUGGGGUUGGAUCAGCUUUUCAAAACAGAAACUCCUGGAAAGAAUUGAAUGACAUUGCAUCGAAGCCCUCCCAGGAACACAUAUUUAAAGUGGAGGACUUUGAUGCUCUGAAAGAUAUCCAGAACCAACUGAAGGAGAAGAUCUUUGCCAUUGAGGGUACCGAGACUACAAGCAGUAGCUCCUUUGAAUUGGAGAUGGCGCAGGAAGGCUUCAGUGCUGUGUUCACGCCUGAUGGCCCUGUCCUGGGGGCUGUGGGGAGCUUCAGCUGGUCUGGAGGUGCCUUCCUGUACCCCCCAAAUAUGAACCCCACCUUCAUCAACAUGUCUCAGGAGAAUGUGGACAUGAGGGAUUCUUACCUGGGUUACUCCACCCAGCUGGCCCUGUGGAAGGGGGUACAGAGCCUGGUCCUGGGGGCCCCCCGCUACCAGCACACCGGGAAGGCUGUCAUCUUCACCCAGGUGUCCAGGAGAUGGAGGAUGAAGGCUGAAGUCACGGGGACCCAGGUCGGCUCCUACUUUGGGGCCUCCCUCUGCUCCGUGGACAUGGACAGCGAUGGCAACACCGACCUGAUCCUCAUCGGGGCCCCCCAUUACUACGAGCAGAUCCGAGGGGGCCAGGUGUCCGUGUGCCCCUUGCCCAGGGGGUGGAGCAGGUGGUGGUGUAAUUCGGUUCUCCGAGGGGAGCAGGGCCACCCCUGGGGCCGCUUUGGGGCGGCUCUGACGGUGCUGGGGGACGUCAAUGGGGACAAGCUGACGGAUGUGGCCAUCGGGGCCCCAGGAGAGGAGGAGGACCGGGGUGCUGUCUACCUGUUUCACGGAGACUCCGGACCCAGCAUCAGCCCCUCCUAUAGCCAGCGGAUCGCGGGCUCCCAGCUCUCCCCUAGGCUGCAGUAUUUUGGGCAGGCGCUGAGCGGCGGUCAGGACCUCACCCAGGAUGGACUGGUGGACCUGGCGGUGGGGGCCCGGGGCCAGGUGCUCCUGCUCAGGACCAGACCUGUGCUCUGGGUGAGGGCAAGCAUGCAGUUCAUACCUGCCGAGAUCCCCCGGUCUGCGUUUGAGUGUCGGGAGCAGGAGGUCUCUGACCAGCCCCUGGGACACGCCAGCAUCUGCCUUUACAUUGACAACAUUUCCAAGAACCUGCUCGGGAGCCGUGACCUCCAAAGCUCUGUGACCUUGGACCUGGCCCUCGACCCUGGCCGCCUGAGUCCCCGCGCCACCUUCCAAGAAACAAAGAGCCGGAGUCUGAGCCGAGUCCAAGUCCUCGGGCUGAAGACACACUGUGAAAACUUCGAUCUGCUGCUCCCGGCCUGCGUGGAGGACUCCGUGACUCCCAUCACCUUGCGUCUGAACUUCACGCUGGUGGGUGAGCCCCUCCCUUACUUCAGAAACCUGCAGCCUAUGCUGGCCGUAGAUGCUCAGAGAUACUUCACAGCCUCCCUCCCCUUUGAGAAGAACUGUGGAGCCGACCAUAUCUGCCAGGAUGAUCUCGGCAUCUCCUUCAGCUUCCCAGGCUUGAAGACCCUGCUGGUGGGGAGUAACCUGGAACUAAAUGCAGAAGUGAUGGUGUGGAACGACGGGGAAGACUCCUACGGAACCACCAUCACCUUCUCUCACCCGGCGGGACUGUCCUACCGCCACGUGGCACAGGGCCAGAAACAGGGACAGCUGCGCUCCCUGCGCCUGACAUGUGACAGCGCCCCAGCUGGGAGCCAGGGCACCUGGAGCACCAGCUGCAGAAUCAACCACCUCAUCUUCCGUGAGGGUGCCCAGAUCACCUUCUUGGUUACCUUCGACAUCUCCCCCAAGGCUGUCCUGGGAGACCGGCUGCUUCUGGUAGCCAAUGUGAGCAGUGAGAACAACACCCCCAGGACCAGCAAGACCACCUUCCAGCUGGAGCUCCCUGUGAAGUACGCCGUGUACACCGUGGCCAGCAGCCACGAACAAUCCACCAAGUACUUCAACUUCUCAGCCUCCGAGGAGAAGGAAAGCCGUGUGGCCACACACAGAUACCAGGUCAGCAACCUCGGACAGAGGGACCUGCCAGUCAGCAUCAACUUCUGGGUGCCUGUGGAGCUGAAUCAGGAGGCUGUGUGGACGGAGGUGGAGGUGUCCCAUCCCCAGGACCCAUCCCUUCGGUGCUCCUCGGAGAAAAUCGCACCCCCAGUGUCUGACUUCCUGGCGCACAUUCAGAAGAAUCCUGUGCUGGACUGCUCCAUUGCUGGCUGCCUGCGGUUCCGCUGUGACAUCCCCUCCUUCAGUGUCCAGGAGGAGCUGGACUUCACCCUGAAGGGCAACCUCAGCUUUGGCUGGGUCCGCCAGACAUCGCAGAAGAAGGUAUCGGUCGUGAGUAUGGCUGAAAUUACAUUCGACACAUCCGUGUACUCCCAGCUUCCGGGACAGGAGGCAUUUAUGAGCGCUCAGACAGUGACGGUGCUGGAGAAGUACGAGAUCCACAACCCCACACCCCUCAUCGUGGGCAGCUCUGUGGGGGGUCUGCUGCUGCUGGGGCUCAUCACAGCCGCACUGUACAAAGUUGGCUUUUUCAAGCGUCAGUACAAGGAAAUGAUGGAGGAGGCAAAUGGACAAAUUGCCCCAGAAAACAGAACAUCAGACCCUCAGUCUGCCCAGUGAGAGAUGAUCCCCUCUUGGCCUUGGACUUCCUCUCCCCUUCGAGGUUUCUACAUUUACUUACCCUUACCUGUCAGGCCUGACAGGGAGGAACCAUCGCACCAAGAGAGGCUGGGAUCAGCCUGCUUCCUGUCUUUGGGAGGAGCAUCUUGCUUGGGAAAGGGCCUGUGUCUUGUCAAGAUUCCAACUGGAAACCCUUAGGAGAGGGUCCCUGUCGUGUCCCCCAAAGGGUUUGACUUGCAAUUUCUACCUAGAAAUACAUGGACAAUACCCUCAG